AAUAUUUUGUCAUUGCACCGGAGACACCAUGGCUUCAGCUCUUGUUCUCAUCAACGCGAUUCUUUCCAACGAGAAAUACAAACCUUAUCUUUCGCUAAUCAAAGCCUUCAGGAAUGGCAUUGUAUAUGGUUGCAAGGUUCGUUUCCCACACAGUCUGGUAAUGACAUUUCUCUUUAAGUCUGGCACACUUACUGAAAAGUUCCGUGGAAUCCUGGAAGCAACAUACACCCAUGCAAAAAGCUUAGCCCUCUUCAAUGUCAUCCACAAAGUCAUUCUGCAAAUUUUUGAAUGGUUUGGCAAAAAGAAGAAACCUUCUCAUAUUUUUUGCGCCAGUGUAAUAGCAGGGUAUUGUGUGUUCGGCAGAUACAACAAGGUCAAUGAACAAAUAAACCUCUACUUGCUGUCAAGAAUCACCUAUGCCCUGGCCCAGAUUGCUGUGAAGAAACAAUACAUCCCGCAGCCGUUUCAGAAACCGUUUCCCCUCUUUUUCUCCCUUGUUUGGGGUGUCGCCUUGUUGCUGUUUGAAUAUGAGCGUGACUUCUUGCAGCCGUCACUGCGUUCCUCCAUGACUUACCUUUAUGAAGACUGCACCCAGUGGCACAAUCUCACAGACUUCUUGCUUUACAACAAAUUGCCUGACUGAAGAAUCCUCACCAGAAUAUUCUGAGAGUUUCUGAAAACUCUUACACAUAACUCUUUUUUUUUUUUUUUUAAUUUCUGCUUCAGUUGUUAUUUCAUUGAUUCUGUUCUGACAAUAUUAUUGUCAAUGGAUGCUGUAUUUUCUGGCAAACAAAUCGAAGUUUUCUGACCAAAAUUUACAACCAGGAAAAAGGCAGGUCAAUUUAUACAUUAAGAUGACUCUGGAGGACCAAAAAUUCCAUGUGAAAUCUUGCAGCAGGAUUUGGAAAGAUUGUGAAGAGGAUUGAAUGGUUACGCUUCAUUUCUACACAAUAUGUACGGCGCUGACUUGUCUGCCAGAAAAUACGGUAACCCUAACAACAGUUUCAUCUCUCUCUCUCUCUCUCUCUCUCUCCCUCUCUCCCUCUCUCUCUCCCUCUCUCUCUCUCUCAUUAUCCAUUCCAUCAUCUCUGCUCUUAUGUAUACUAACACUUUAUCAAUAACAACAAUAACAUCAUCAUCAUUACCUCUCUCUUUGUUGCCAUAGUUAUUCUACCACUUGUUGUCAUGGCCAUGUUACUACCUCUGUUACUAUAACGACUGCCAUCACUUCUGUUGUCAUGCCAACACUAACAUUAAUAGUGACUUAUCACUUUUGCUGUCAUUCUCUCUGUUGUCACAGCAAUCCCAUCAAUGCUGUUGUCAUGACAACAUCACCAUCAUUGUUGCUAGGGUGACAAACCGUCACUGUUGCUAUGACAACUUCUUCAUUGCUGUUACUAUUACUACUUAUGGCAGUGCUUCCUUGUAGUCUCUGUUGCCAUGAGUACUCUUCCCAUUUUACUGUUGCUGUUAUCAUUAGGAGUUUAUUUCUGAAUCCUUGUUGCUAUGACAUUAUCUCUUUCCUUGCUGCAAAUAGGGGUUAAUCUCAUGACUGCUAAUUUGCUUUUCCUCUCUCAUUAGCAGAACUAAUUAUGAAAUAUUUGAAUCAAAGGAGUUUGGUGACCAGCAUGAGAGCCUCAAUGUGGUCACUGUUUGACUUACUAGAAAUAGCAGUCAAAUCUUAUGCUCACACACUGCCUUCUUCAAAGAAAAGAAAAGAAAGGCAUAUUAGAUUAUGUAGUCUGUGGCAUAAUUGGGUUGUCAAAUAAAUUCAUUCUUUCGUU